AUGGACAAUCGAUUGAAGAGCAAGUAUUUGUACGUUUAUACCCCGCUUCUCAAUAAAUAUGAGAUGGACUGUUUAUACCGUUUUGGAGGUGGUAUCCUACCGCAAAUUCAUUACAUGACUUGUUUCGUUACUGUUGGGACCACGCGGUUUGAUGAACUUGUAAAUGAGAUGCUGAGAGAUGCUUGCAUAUCUGCUUUGAGAUCUGUUGGUGUGAAUAAAAUCAAGAUUCAACUGGGAGCUGGAGAAUGGGAUGCUGAUGUUAGGGAACGUGUUUUCAAUAAUGUAGUUGGGAACGAAGGGGCUGUUGAGUAUGGUGGAAUACCCAUAGAAUAUUAUCGCUUCAAACCGGAUAUACAAAAGGAUAUGGGUAAUUCCAUGGUGAGUUAUUGCUUUGCCUCUGCCGUAGAAAAACAUGCAUAUGAUUUCAUGCCGCGCUUUAUUUUUGGCAUAAAAAUGUAGAA